UCUAUCCGGGAGGAAACGAAGAUGACACGCGCUGGAAAGGAGCUUGUCCCCGGAAGUUUAUGUGUGACGUCACAUGUUAGACUGUAAGACAAGAUGAAGAAAUGAGAAAAUAUGGGCUUUAAUCAUGACGAUCAGGAUGGAAGCAGACAGCUGAAAUGCACCAGAUUGAGUGUUCUGAUUGUCGUCGUGCUUCUUGUCCUGUGUGAAGCGGUGACUCUUGGAAAUGGUUAUUAUAUAGCAGAGGUUCAAUGGACGGUGGGGGCACCUGUCACUCAAUACUCCUCCUACAAGGACGUGUCACUGGUCACUAUCACAAUUCCUCUACAUACGGAGCAGGUUUUCUGGACAUUCAGAGCAUUUGCUUCGGAUGACAAAUGUGCUGUCAGGAAGGUUAAGGUUUUCCUUCAGCGGGGCAGGUAUCCAGUGAUCAGUCCCAAUAAUGAGACGUUCCCGGACUAUUUCCAUCUGCACCAGAGACAGCAGAAGGAGUAUGUAGUGCCCUCGUCUAACGCGUCCGUUGAAGCCACGCUCCCCUCCCCCCUUUCUGGGAAGUGGUAUGCUGCAGCCAUCAUGAAUCAUUACAGCUCUGACGACAUCAGACAGAGGGGUUUAACCAAAGACUGUACCUACAGCCUGUCUGUGAUCACUGUGACGAAGGUGGUCGAAGAUGUCUGGGACCUUUCCAUGGAUAAAAGUCACAAAAUUCACCUCAGCCAUGAUCGAGAGAGACUUUACAUGUUCAGAGCGCCGGACUUCACAGUGCUGUAUGAUAUACAGAUCAGUGGUUGCGAGACGACGCAGGGCAACACCACUCAGGCCAUCUCACCAUGCCCCAUCAGCUUCGUGCUCUCCAACGAGGUGGUUCCCUCCAACACCUCCGUCACUGUCAACUGCAGCGUCAGCAACAGCUCGUGCAUCUACCCCAUGACAUCACCUCCCAUUCUGGAGCCCACUUACAUCAAGUUCAUUCGGAACCCAGCAUUGCCUGAAGUGAAGACUUUGUCAUUUAUUCUUCAUUUUAUGACUUAUGAAUGCGACAAGCCCACCAUACUCGUAGACAUGGGCGUGAAGAACACCACAGAUGGCAUAGUGAGAUACUCACCCUACAGGCAAGAACGUCCAACAAGGAAAGCAAAAUGUGUAACGUCUAAUUCUUUAGGCCGAUAUAAGAUUGCACCGAUAGACUUCUCAGGAGUGUUUGUGAUCCACAACUAUGGGGAGCUGCCUAUCCCACAGAACCAGAUUCUCUUAUCAAGCCAGUGGUCGUUCUCCACCAGCUUCAACCUGGACGAAGUGGAAGACACAGGCGGCACGCUCAAGAUCAGCCUGGCUGUCCUCGAGGAUCGCGCACACCUGAUUGAAGGCUACAGGAUCUGGCUGUGCUUGAUGAAGGGGCGUGUCCCCUACAAGGAGACGCUUCUGGGGUGUCCAGAUGGUGCUCUGAUGACUGUCAACACAACAUCGGAGGAGAACUCAUCUGCCAUGCUGUACAUUCCCUACCCAGAGGCUGGGCAGUGGUACCUCUCCUUACAGACUGCCUGCUACAAUCUCUCACAUCCACACAAGCCCCAGGGGGGAUGUUACAGUGCCCCGCUGGUAGAGUUCAUGGUGAGUUUGUCCCCGUGUAUUGAGGAGCGCUGCGGCCGAUACGGCAAAUGCAAGGAAUACAUCAGCGGUGUCCACAUCUUCAGCUCCUGUGAAUGCUAUGCAGGUUGGCGGGGGUAUGGCUGCACAGAUGGAAGUCAUGCAAACUCGGACACAACAGAGUUGGCCAUGACUUUGCUGUUGUCUCUCAGCAACCUCUUCUUCAUCCCUGGCAUCAUCGUGGCUCUUCAUCGACGCUACUUUGUGGAAGCGUUGGUCUACUUAUUCAACAUGUUUUUUUCAACAUUCUACCACGCCUGUGACAGCAGCAAGAUCUACAUCCUGUGCAUCAUGAAGUAUGACACCCUCAGCUACGCUGACUUCAUGGGCUCCAUCAUGUCCUUCUGGAUGACGCUGAUGGCGAUGUCGCGCCUGCAUCCACAGCUACGCUCGCUGCUGCACAUGCUGGGAGUGCUCUGCAUCUCUGUAAUGAUGGACUUCGACAGACACGGCCUGUGGGAGUCCGUCCUGCCCAUUGGUGGGGGCAUUUUGAUACUACUUAUUUCAUGGGCCAGAGUCUGGUUCAAGCGUCGAACCUGUUUUCCGUCCAAAUGGCGGUACAUCAAGUUCCUUCUCCCAGGGUUCCUGUUAGCUGGCGCUGGGCUGGUGGUGUUUUCCUUCUUUGAGACCCAGGAGAACUAUAUGUACACACACAGCGUGUGGCACAUGCUGAUGUCUCUCUCCAUCCUCUUCCUGCUGCCGCCGCGGAGACCCGUGUCGAAAGAAUAUGAGUCCUUCAGUCUCGACGAUGGAUUGGGACAAAUAGUGAGUCGAGAAUUGUCUGCCAAUAUGGCCGAUCCAGGAGCAAUCAACACAAGAGAAUCUCCACAACACCUGGCAAGCAGAAGCGGGUCUCUAGACCAUCUUGUCCUGUAGGUAGUCACUGAAGGGGGUGACUAGCUACAAGGGAGUCUUUAGACUAGAAAGGGUAUGAUAGCUGGAGGGGUUGGGCAGUCUAGAGGGGGAUGGAGUAGCUGGAGGGGUGAAGUUACUAGAAGGGGUAGGGUAGCCAUAGGGGUCGGGGUAGGUGGAGCCAUGGUUGGUGGGAUGGGUGUCCUGGAGAGGUGGGGUGGGGUAGCUGCAGGGGUGUUGCCAAGCUCAUGCUUAGGUGGUGGGGUUAGAGGUCGGAUGGGUUACUAGAGGUGGAUGGGGUAGCCGGAGGGGGUGUGGUUUCUAUAAGGUGUGCGUAACUAGGGAUGGUCGGGUUACUAGAAGCAGUAGGGUAGCCGGAGGGGCUGGAGUUACUAGAAGAGGUGAUUCUCCACAUAGAAAGCGCAGUUGAACCAAUUCUUGUCAUCCACUAGCUCACUGACAAGUAUACACAUAUAUUCUUAACUGCAGAGGGGAUAUUAGUAGGAUCCUUGAUACUGAUGCUGCAUAUGUUUAAUCUCAGGUAUCUAAAGGGGCUCUCACACUUUGCCGAGUUAGGUCCUGAGUAUGGACUCGAGCUGACUCGGGGGUACUCGUAUGGAGCUGGUAGUGAGGUCAUACUAAACUCGGGGUAACUCAGGAUACCUCACACUGAUCUACAAGAGCUUUGGAACUGCUCAAAACAGUCCGGCCGCCAGAAACUCUAUUGGACUCCUAUUGGACUCCUAUGGGGCUCGUAACACACUCGUAGCGUACUCGUAUGAUACUCAUAUAUGUAAAGUCUCUUCCUGAGUCCUAACCGAGUUAGGCUCAAGAGAGCUCGGCAACCACCUCGGCAAAGUAUGAGAGCUGCUUAAGUGUUGAUAAAGCUUUCACUAUGAGACGAGUAAUUGAAAGAAAGCUUAUUAACCUUAUAUACAAUCUUGGUAGUACUAACAUAUCAGCCACAGCUCCUCGCCUAUAGCCUGAUCUUAACUGGGUGUAUCAAUCCUGAUGCAACAGAUGUUGAACCUCCUGUAUCUGAGUGCUAUAAAUGGAGUAAUACAAACAUAUCAGCUAGAGGUUCACAUCACUUAACAGUCUCACAAUUUGUACAAAACAUUUAUGCUAACAUUCAUGAUGCCAAAAUGAAUCUUUUUCCUAUUAUCAACCUGUUAGGUAGUAAAUUGUAUUGACAAGCCUCUGUUUGGGGUAGGGCCUCCGUGGUGUAGUGUCUGCCUGGAGAGUGGAAAGUCGGUGUUUGAUCUCCUGGCCGCCUCCAUGGUGUAGUGGAAAGAGGGUCUGUCUGGAGAGCAGAGGGUCGGUGGUUUGAUCUCCUGGCCACCUCCAUGGUGUAGUGGAAAGAGGGUCUGCCUGGAGAGUGGAAAGUCGGUGUUUGAUCUCCUGGCCAUCUCCAUGGUGUAAUGGAUAGAGCGUCUGCCUGGAGAGCAGGUCGGUGGUUUGAUCUCCUAGCCAUCUCCAUGGUGUAGUGGAUAGAGCGUCUGCCUGGAGAGCAGGUCGGUGGUUUGAUCUCCUGGCCACCUCCAUGGUGUACUGGAUAGAGCGUCUGCCUGGAGAGCAGAAGGUCGGUGGUUUGAUCUCCUGGCCACCUCCAUGGUGUAAUGGAUAGAGCGUCUGCCUGGAGAGCAAAGGAUCAGUGGUUUGAUCACCUGGCCGCCUCCAUGGUGUAGUGGAUAGAGCGUCUGCCUGGAGAGCAGAAGGUCGGUGGUUUGAUCUCCUGGCCACCUCCAUGGUUUAGUGGAUAGAGGGUCUGUCUGGAGAGUGGAAAGUCGGUGUUUGAUCUCCUGGCCAUCUCCAUGGUGUACUGGAUAGAGCGUCUGCCUGGAGAGCAGGUCGGUGGUUUGAUCUCCUAGCCAUCUCCAUGGUGUAGUGGAUAGAGCGUCUGCCUGGAGAGCAGGUCGGUGGUUUGAUCUCCUGGCCACCUCCAUUGUGUUGUGGAUAGAACGUCUGCCUGGAGAGCAAAGGAUCAGUGGUUUGAUCACCUGGCCGCCUCCAUGGUGUAGUGGAUAGAGGGUCUGUCUGGAGAGCCGGUCGGUGGUUUGAUCUCCUGGCCAUCUCCAUGGUGUAGUGGAUAGAGCGUCUGCCUGGAGAGCCGGUCGGUGGUUUGAUCUCCUGGCCAUCUCCAUGGUGUACUGGAUAGAGCGUCUGCCUGGAGAGCAGGUCGGUGGUUUGAUGUCCUGGCCAUCUCCAUGGUGUAGUGGAUAGAGCGUCUGCCUGGAGAGUGGAAAGUCAGUUUUUGAUCGCCUGGCCACCUCCAUGGUGUAGUGGAUAGAGGGUCUGCCUGGAGAGCAGAAGGUCGGUGGUUUGAUCUCCUGGCCACCUCCAUGGUGUACUGGAUAGAGGGUCUGCCUGGAGAGCAGGUCGGUGGUUCAAUCACCUGACUGCCUCUGUGGUGUUGUGGAUAGGUUGGUGGUUCUAUCCCCUGGGUUGCGUCAUAACAAAAGACAAGGAAAGAUGGUACUUGUUGUUUCCCUGCCUGGCACUCUGCAUAAGGGGGAUAAACAAGGACUGGUCGGUUCAUAGUCAGCAUACCGUGUCUGAGUGAAAUUACUGCAUGGUAUCUCAGUGGGCUAACACUGUAAAACCAGCAUGAGUUUGAACCAAUAUAAGCAGCCAUGCACACACACACACACACACACACACACACACACACACACACACCACACACCACACACCACAUACACACACACACCACAAACACACAUGCAUGCACGUCGCAAUUUAAGCGCAAUAAUCUUGAACGCGACAUUAAACCCCAUUUCACUUUACCUCUGUGUAUACGUAUUUGACAUAUCAGACAUAUUGAUACAAUAAAAUUGUAUGUUUUCACUUUCAUCACUCACAGACAGCAUUAAGAUAUUGUGAGUAAACCGCUAGAGUUAUUUUCUUUGAGACAGUGGUUGGCUGAGAGCCAUAGCUUGAGAUGUGUUUGUGAAUCGUGUUUCUGCUUGUACUUGAAAAGUACCUUUUUGUACCUUCCUGCUCCUGUUCAUGCAGGUUUUUCAUUAACAUAAUCAAGCGUUCAAAUGUGUAAAUAAUUUUGACUAACUUAAAAAACAAUUUACUGUCAUCAGCGGUAGAAACUAACAGUUUUCGUCCACUAGUCCAUAUAAUGA